GCACUACAAGAAGUAUGAAUACCAAUCAUAGAAACUCCAAAGAAAGAUGUCGUUCAUUAAAAAGAUCAAAUGUUCCAUCAAAAUUGACAAUAAAUCAGCAGCAAGCUCUAUUCACAUCUUGGAAAUCAUUACGACCUGUCAUUCAAACGCUUAUGCGGAAAAUAUUAAAUAAUUUGGAAGAGGAAGUGCCUAAAGUUAAACAGAUUUUUUGUCAAACAGCAGUGCUGGACGCUUUUAGUCGUGAAAGUACAUCUGAAAGUGUGGGUACUUUAGAAGAACAUGUAAAGUUGAUGGUAGGAUUUUUUGAUGACUUAGUGAGUAAUGUGCAAGAUGAAGAGAAUAUGUCAAAUAAAAUUAAAAAUAUUGGUCAACGUCAUGCUAUCCUCACUCACUGCUCAUUCAGUGCUGAUAUUUGGGAAAAACUUGGUGAAAUUACAAUGCAAUCUUUUAGUCGACAAGAUGUUGUACAGAAGACAAGAGAAGCUGGAAAAGCUUGGCGUAUAUUAAUCGCAUGGGUUACUGAUGAAUUACGAUGCGGCUUUGAUGGUCGAACAAGAUCUAACACCAGGAACUUGUCUUUGACAACUGUGCAACAGGUUCCCCAUGAACGAUCAGGACAACAUCGGCAUAGCUCAGAUGUUAGCAUACUUCAGCAACAGUUGCAGCAGCUUCGACUUGAAUACGAAUCUACCGUACCAUUGUAGCAGAUUGUCACGGUUCUUCAACUUAUGUUUAUUUUAAGAUUUUUUUUUUUAAGACUGGCAAUGCAUAUAUAGCAGGAUUUUGCGCGGCAUGCCAUAUCUUUAAUUUUUAGUCUGGGGAUUUCGUUUAUCUUGAUUUCUCACCAACCGAGACGGUCGAUCAUACCAAAUUUGCUCAAAGAUCCGAUCCCC